AGCUACAGCUAACAACAUGCUUAAUUGUGAAAUAUUGAAUGCUUUAUCCAUAAGACCUGGAACAAAACAAAGAUGUCCACUCUCCACUUCUAUUCAUCAUUUUACUGUACAUUCUAACUAGUGCAUUAAAGGCAAAUGAAAGAAAUAAAAGACAUGAGGAUCGAAAAUGAGGGAAUUAAAUUGUCUCUAGUUACAAAUAACUUGAUUGUUUACAUAUAAAAUUCCAAGGAAUCUACAAAACUACAAGAACAUACUAAGUAAAUUUAGCAAGGUUGCAGGAUACAAGGUCAAUAUGCAAAAAUAAUUUUUUUAUACUAGCAUCAACCAUUCAGAAUUUUAAGGUUUUAACCAGGGAAAUUAGGCAAGAAAAAGAAAGAAAAGGAAAUUGGAAAGUAAGAAGGAAACUCUCGGGCCCUUCCACCCGACCGCCAUGAGCACCAAGCAGGUCACUUGCAGGUAUUUUAUGCGUGGUAUGUGUCGGGAAGGAAACCAGUGCCUGUUCUCACAUGACUUGGCAAACAGCAAGCCAUCUACCAUCUGCAAAUACUACCAGAAGGGCUGUUGCGCCUACGGAACUUGUUGCAGAUACGAUCACACGAGGCCCUCUGCUGCAGCUGGUGGGGCCAUGGGCACUGUUCCCCACGGGGUGCCCUCCCUCGGUUUCCACAGUCCUCACCCUCCUUCUUACCUCACUGCAUCAAUCGUGAAAACUAACUUACACGAGCCUGGGAAACGUGAAAAGAGGACAUUGGUACUUAGAGACCGAAAUCUCUCUGGCAUGGCUGAAGAAAAGACUUGCCCAAGUGUGGUGAGUAAUCCCGGAGGCUGCAGCGACCUGCAGAACAGCCCGGAGCUGAAGCCGCAUUCCUACCUAGAAGCAAUCAGCAGUGGUCUCGACAACUUAGAAGCUAGCAUCUCCUACAGCAGCGAGCAGCAGCUGUGCCCCUACGCAGCUGCUGGGGAGUGCCGAUUUGGGGAUGCUUGUGUCUACCUGCAUGGGGAAGUUUGUGAAAUCUGUAGGUUACAAGUCCUGCACCCCUUCGACCCAGAGCACAGGAAAGCUCACGAGAAGAUCUGUAUGUCAACAUUCGAACACGAGAUGGAGAAGGCCUUUGCCUUCCAGGCGAGCCAGGACAAAGUGUGCAGCAUCUGCAUGGAGGUUAUCCUCGAGAAGGCGUCAGCCUCGGAGCGGAGGUUCGGGAUCCUUUCCAACUGCAACCACACGUAUUGCCUGUCCUGCAUCCGGCAGUGGAGGUAUGCCAAGCAGUUUGAGAACCCAAUCAUCAAGUCUUGUCCAGAGUGCCAUGUGAUAUCAGAGUUUGUAAUUCCAAGUGUGUAUUGGGUAGAAGAUCAGAAUAAAAAGAACGAGUUGAUUGAAGCUUUCAAACAGGGAAUGGGAAAAAAAGUUUGUAAAUACUUUGAGCAAGGCAAAGGGACCUGCCCGUUUGGAAGCAAAUGCCUUUACCGCCAUGCUUACCCUGAUGGGCGGCUAGCGGAACCAGAGAAGCCUCGGAAACAGCUCAGUUCUGAAGGCACCGUGAGGUUCUUUAAUUCAGUGCGGCUCUGGGAUUUCAUUGAGAACCGAGAGAGCCAGCAUGUCCACAACACUGAAGACGUCGACAUGACAGAGCUUGGGGACCUCUUCAUGCACCUCUCCGGAGUGGAGUCAUCAGAACCCUGAAGAGUAGGUGGUCGCCCUGCGUCUUCGGCUCCACCAGCCGAGCCUUCCCCAAGCCAGGGUGUGCAGAGCUUCUUUCACGGCAGCCUGGGGUGGCGUGUCACUUGGAUUUGAGUGGGGUUGUAUUUAACCUUGGUCUCAUCCACUCCAUUAUUACAGCCAUGGGAGGAGUGAGGAUAUAAAAUAACCUUAACAC